AUGGAACACGACCACAAGAAAGCAGGCUCAGAGCACAUCUCGACUUUUCACAUCUACCCAUACCUCAUAAGCGCUACCAUGUCCUGGAAAGCAGGCCCUUUGUACCCUUGCAACCCCGCGACUGCGCGGUCCGAGUCGACCAAGCUCGCCGUCGACCCCAAAGGCGAGAAGCUCAUCUACACCAACGGCCGCGCCGUCAUUACUCGUGACUUGAACAACUCGACCGUCGCACACGCGUACACUCAGCACACCCAGACUGCGACUGUUGCGCGCUUCUCGCCUUCGGGCUACUACGUUGCCUCGGGCGACGUGGCUGGAAACGUCCGCGUCUGGGACACGACCAACCCCGAGGAGAACGUCCUCAAGCUUGCGAUCCGUCCCCUUGGCGGUCGCAUCAACGACCUCGCGUGGGACAGUGAGAGCAAGCGCAUCAUCGUCGGUGGUGAGGGCAAGGACAAGUUUGGUGCUGCCUUCUUUGUGGACUCUGGCUCGUCGUGCGGCGAGAUUUCUGGCCACGCCAAGCCCAUCACCGCCCUGAGUGUUCGUCAGCAGCGCCCGUUCCGUGCCGUGUCUGGUUCAGACGACAACAGUAUCGUGUUCCACACUGCUGUGCCGUUCAAGUACGACAAGAUCAUCUCGACGCAUACUCGUUUUGUUCGUGAUGUCGGCUUUUCGCCCAACGGCGACCUGUUCGCCAGUGUUGGCUCGGACGGCAAGAUCUUCUUCUAUGAUGGCAAGACGGGUGACGUCAAGUCCGAGGCCUCGGCUGUCGACCCGACUCGCAGUCUGAUGGCACUCUCGUGGAGCCCAGACUCGACCAAGGUCGCCACUGCCGGUGCCGACGGUGUCGUUGCCAUCUGGGACGCGACCACGUCACAGGUCGCCCAGACUUACAUUCUCGGCUCGGACGUCGAGUCGCAGCAGAACGGCGUCGUCUACGCCAACGCCAACACUGUUGUCUCGGUCUCGGGCUCGGGUGUGCUCAACAUCUUUGACACUCGUGAGCCCUCGGCCAAGUGGCGCACCCUCCACGGCCCCACCAAGGCCAUCACUGCGUCUGCCCUCUCGGGUUCGGGCAAGGAGCGUACUUUCUACACUGGCUCGUUUGACGGCACCAUGAAUGCCUUUUCCAUUGGCGACAGCUACGGCGCCGGCGAGGGCGAGUGUGCCAACGUGACUGGAACUGGCCACUCUGGACAGAUUGUUGGUGUCGCUCCUGACAGCACCGGCAAGGUGUACACUGCUGGCUGGGACGACAAGAUUGCGUCCAUCGCCGGCACCGAGUUUGCUGCUACAUCGCUCCCCACCAAGUCGCAGCCUACCGGCAUCGCUGCCACCCCGUCGGCUGUGUAUGUCUCCUCGUCCGAGGGUCUGGAGAUUGCCCCCACUUCAGGUUCCCCUGUCAUCCACCCCGGUGCGGCUACUGCUGUGGCAGCCUUCACUGGCCCCCAGGGAGACAUUGUCGCCCUCGGCGUUGGCGCCAAAAAGGUCACUCUUGCAGGCAUCAAUGGCACCACCGUGACCCCCCUUGCCGAGUUUGACGACAACAAGGCCGAGGUUCUCGCCCUUGCAUUCUCGCCCGACGGCUCGCUCGUCGCCGCCGGUGACGCUGCCGGCCGUAUCGUCCUCAUUGACGCCAAGGAGAACAAGGUCCUUGUGUCGUCGCGCUGGACCUUCCACACUGGCCGUAUCGCCAGCGUCGCGUUCUCUCCCUCGGGCCGUCGUAUUGUGUCUGGCGGUGCCGAUGAGAGCAUCUACGUCUGGAGCGUCGACAAGAUCAUCCGCAACAUCCCCAUCAAGAACGCGCACCCCGGUGGCGUUGCUGGUGUGGCCUGGGAGAGCGAGACCAAGAUCGUCUCUUCGGGUGCCGAUGGCUGUGUGCGCACCUGGGAGGUGCCCGUGUAG